GAGCGUGUGCCUUCCGUUCCAACGAUGCGCGCGCUAAAGGAUUUCCGGUGCCGUGGAGCAGUCAGGCGAUCAAAAGAGCCGAAGCGACGGUUUGGAAUGAAAUAAUGACACCAACGACAUGGGAGGGCCGGAGGAGAGGUUGCAGGAAGAUGGACAAACCCGCCGUCACAGGCAGAGAUCACGGUCGUUUCAGUACCGCACUGGCUAGAUGCGAUAGUGCAGUGUUCCACCCAAUCACGACCACACAAACACAAACACGACUGUUUUUUUUUCCAUCCGAGAUGCCUGCUCACGCUACGAUGCGCACUACGAGGGCGACGUGCGAAGAUUUCCUUGCCCCUGGAUCCGGCACCCACAGUCAAGCGUCGAACUCGACCAAAGAACAGCGGGAUGGCGCGGGCGGCAGCACGGCAGGGCGGGCGGAUGGGCGGAUGGACAGAGACAGGCAGACGGGUAGACCCCGGGAGGAAGGCACAGGAGCCUUCAUCAGGCCUUGGUGUGGGUCUCCAAUUGCCGGCCUUGUGCCGAUAGGAUUGGUGCUGACCGAAAUGCCAAUUGUUUGUGAUGGUGAAUGAGCGAUAGGAAUUGGGCUUGGGGGAAGGCGGCGCGGAGGUACGGGACGGACACUAGAGAACUCGAGACAAUGUGGUGACAGACACUCCGGUGGCAGAUCCAGGAACGAGGGGAGAGGAGGUGGAAGAAAAAGGCGUCGUUGGCCGUCAAAGACAGGCCGGC